AUGGAAAUGAUUGAUUACCAAGGUGAUACACGUACUAGUAACGUAAUUAAUUUUCGUCGUAGCAAGGAGGGACCACCCCGGUCUCAGGUCCACCUCUCUCCUUCUCUUCUUCUCCUUUCCUCUCUUUUCUUGUUGUGUCAAGACGUGCCUACUCAAUCUGUGCACAUCCUUUCGCUGAAGGAACCAUCAUCAAACAGCUUCUCUUUCGUUGAGGCUCUAUCUUUCUUCCACUCUAAACCCUGGUUACCUCUUCGCUGA